AACCAGUCAUCAGGGGGAACACAACUGCGCAUGCGCUACACUAAGCUACUUCCUUUUCCUUUACCAUAUUCUCUCAUUCCGAAUAUCUUUAUCGGUGUCUUCGAUUAACAUCAUCACCAUGCCAACAGAAGCAGUGGAGAAACCUGUCCAAAACACCAAGAAAGAAGAAGUUGAGGAUGAUGAUGAUGCUGAUUCAGACUCCAAGUCUGAUGACUCUUUACCAGAAUUGCAAGAGGAUGGUGCCGGCACAUCACAGCAGAGCCAGGUUGCCCAAGUAGCUGGUCUUCAGGAGGAAUUAGUUAGUAAAGCUAAACAAAGCCGAAGUGAGAAAAAAGCUCGGAAGGCAAUGUCGAAACUUGGUCUUAAACAAGUACAAGGUGUUACCAGGGUUACGAUACGCAAAUCCAAAAAUAUUCUGUUUGUUAUCAACCGACCAGAUGUGUAUAAAAGCCCAGCAUCAGAUACCUACAUUGUGUUUGGAGAGGCUAAGAUUGAAGAUCUGAGCCAACAGGCUCAAAUGGCUGCUGCAGAGAAAUUUAAAGCACCAGAGAACCCAGCCACAUGUCCCGAUGGGGCACAGAAUCCUCUUUCUCAACCAAUUCUUGAAGAAUCAGAAGAAGAAGAGAUUGAUGAAACUGGUGUUGAGCCUAAAGAUAUUGAGCUUGUUAUGUCACAGGCCAGUGUGUCGAGGGUGAAAGCUGUGAAAGCACUUAAAAAUAACAAUAAUGACAUUGUCAAUGCUAUUAUGGAGUUGACAAUGUAGUGAAACCUGUAUAACAUUUGCAUAAAUGUUACCUUAAAUAUGUUGGCAGUUUUUUUUUUAACUUUGCUUUCUACUAUGUCUCCUAUUCUUUCGCCUUUCUCUCUGUACAGUUCUUAAACAAUAAAUUUGACCAUAUUUAUAUAGUUUUUGACUAUAAAUAUAUCAGAUCUGUGA